AUGAUAUUCAAUCCGCCAACUCUUGUGUUCCUUGUGGCUCUGCUGUGCGAUUCCAGUUGGGCUGCCUAUAAUUAUAGGCCUUCUAGACCACCUUCCCGCGGUUAUUUCUAUCCGAAGCCAGCGCAGCCAGCGCGACUGCCACCUCUGCCAGUCAAUGGCACUUCCAUAUCGGACUCCAAUGACUCCUCCGGCCCACCGCCUGGAGUCCAAUCCGAUUUCAUUGAUGAUCUGAUUGAGGGCCACAAACAGCAAAUCUUAUCGAGUGUGCUGGGCGUGGCCAGCAGCGAGACUCCUUCGGACCAGGCCAGCAGUCCCCUCGCCCCUCCCCUCGAGGGCGGUGGUGCCAAGGCGUUCCGCGUUAAUCGCUGUGCCAGCUGCACCUGCGGCGUACCAAAUGUGAAUCGCAUUGUGGGCGGCACCCAGGUGCGGACCAAUAAAUAUCCCUGGAUAGCCCAGAUCAUUCGCGGUACCUUCCUGUUCUGUGGCGGAACUUUGAUCAACGAUCGCUACGUCCUGACCGCCGCCCACUGCGUCCACGGCAUGGACAUGCGGGGCGUGUCCGUCCGUCUCCUGCAGCUGGACAGGAGCUCCACCCACCUGGGAGUGACCCGGAAGGUGGCCUUCGCCCAUGCCCAUGUGGGCUACGAUCCCGUCAGCCUGGUCCAUGAUAUAGCUCUCCUCCGACUGGAUCAACCGAUUCCACUGGUGGACACCAUGCGUCCGGCCUGCUUGCCCAGCAACUGGCUGCAGAACUUUGACUUCCAGAAGGCCAUCGUGGCGGGCUGGGGUCUCAGCCAGGAGGGCGGCUCCACGUCCAGUGUCCUGCAGGAGACGGUGGUGCCCAUCAUCACCAAUGCCCAGUGCCGCGCCACCUCCUACAAGACCAUGAUUGUGGAUACCAUGUUGUGUGCCGGUUACGUCCAGACCGGAGGUCGCGAUGCCUGUCAGGGUGACAGUGGUGGCCCCUUGAUUGUGAAAGAUCGCAUAUACCGACUGGCAGGAGUGGUGUCCUUUGGCUACGGAUGUGCCAAGCCAGAUGCUCCUGGCGUCUAUACUCGUGUGUCUCGGUACUUGGAUUGGGUUGCCGUCAACACGAGGGACUCUUGUUAUUGUGUUAACUGA